AUGAAGGUGUUGCGCCGCGGCCUCCCCUUCAUCAGGGCCCUCAGGAGAUUCGUUGAUCACCGCUGGUUCGACGCGACCAUAUCCGCUGUCAUCAUCAUCAAUGUGGUUGCACUGCUGGUUGAGACCUGGGAUGAAGUGGGUCCGGUGAAAGCCUUUUACCUUGACGUAAUGGAGAAGUUUUUCUGUGUCAUUUACACCCUGGAGUGCGUCCUGAAACUGCUGGCCCACGGCCUUGACUUCUUCAAAGAAGGCUGGAACUGGUUUGUGCUUGUGAUCGUCAUCACAAGUCUGUUAACAGUCGUGCCUGUGGAGGAAGACAGCCCGUACUACGAUUUCCAGGCCAUGGUCAAAGGCAUCAAAUCGAUCCGGGGAGCCCGAGCAGCUCAGGCAUUUCGCAUCCUCACCCAAAUCAGAAGUCUCCGCUGUGUCCUGGACGCGAUUUUCGAGGCACUGGGUUACGUCACCGUCGUCAUCGGGAUCAUGAUGGCUCUGAUCUACACGUUUUCUAUUCCAUUCCGGGUGUUUUUUGGUCAAAGCGACCCGGAUCACUUUGGCUCCAUAUGUCGGACAUGGGUCAGCCUCUUCGCGGUCCUGACUCUGGAUGACUGGGGUGAGAUCUUCACUAUCAACAAGGCCAGUGGUAACUCUUAUGUCAUCUUGAUCCUUUGGCUCUACAUUUACAUUAUGUACUACCUCUUGAUCAAUUUGGUCCUCGCUGUGUUUGCGGAUCAUGUCCGACAAAAACUGUGCGAAAGAGAUGACAGCCAGCAGCAACAGGAACAGGACGAGGCUGAGGACGAAGCACACGCACACCAGGAUGCAGAGCCUCAGUACAGCGAAGCUGAGUCUGAAUCCCAGGACCAACCAGGCGAGUUGUUGGCCUCUGCCGGCGAAACUGCAGACAGCGACAGGAGCAGGCUGAGGCUGAAGGUCGUCGCAGUCCUUACAAAAGCCAAGAGGACCAAUGAGGAGGCCCGAGUCUUGGGCCAAAUUGUUAACGAGGUGUUCGACACGUUUUUAGAGGCCUUUGAGGAGGACGAGGUGCAGCACGAGGAGCCAUGCUCCUGCACAGACAGGAGGAGCAGGCCACCGACACAGAAUUCCUGA